CCUGGCAGCUACUUUGACGCGAUGCUCUCAAGUGAUCACUGGCUGCCAAAUGAAAAAGGCGAGUACUUUCUGGAUUUGGACGCGAGUACGUUUAAGCGUGUGAUCAAGUACCUUCGAUCGGGUACACUGGACGUUGACGGACUCACUGCCAAUCAAGAAGCGGAUGUACGAGAGAUGCUCGACUACCUCCAGAUCCAGAUCGAGAGUCCGGCGCCAGAGCCCUCCGCGCCGACCGCGCCAUUGCAGUGGGAUCCACGCCGGUGCUCCGACACGAUUCAACUUGCGGACGGCAAUACGCUUGCCAAGCACCCCAGUCGUGGCUGGGCCAGUGUUGUCGCGUCGCAACCUGUCUCGACGUUCGCCGUGCUCGUGCAUCUCGGUCUCCACGCCGUUGAAGUCGGGUUUCUCGACGAGACGGUGCCCAUGCCCGACCGCAAUGACGCGACCCGCGGCUGGUUCUUCAGUUGUCGCAACGCCAGAGUGUAUUCGCACGACGAACCUCGGUCCGAUAGCCUCCUUGAUACAAAGGCGCCGCGGCUGGCGUUUCUUCAAGUUACGUGGCACCGCCUCCAGCGGCGCAUCACGUUUGCGGUGGACGGCGUGUUGCUCCCGAUGGGCUUGCACAACGUCGUUAGUGACGUCGACUUGUACCCGACUGUGCGUCUCUUCUCCGCUGGAUCCAACGUACGGCUUCUUCUCGUGCAAGAAUAAGGAUCGGUGCCGACAAUCGACAAGUUGGUACGCUAGUCAAUUUUCUAUCUUUUUGGCCCAAAAGAUAAUGUUCUCGUCCACAA